AUGCUAAGAGACGCAGUCGGUGCAGAAAGGGAGUGCAGAGCCCUGCACUCAUUUGUUCGGAGACUGAGUGAGAGGAGUGAAGGAGCUGAUGGAGCUGCAGUGGACAUGGGCACUGCUAUAGGAUUUGACUCAAGUCGAAGAUCUUGGAGCUGUGGCUGGAACAGUACCCGACUCUUGUGCUUCAUUGCCAUUAGCUGGGUGCUUGCAACUCAGGUGGAAGUGGACGCCUGGACGUACCAUUAUACUGACCAACAUGACUACACAUGGGAAAACGCCAGGAAAUAUUGUCAAACUUAUUUCACUGACCUCGUGGCAAUCCAGAACAAAGCAGAAAUUGAGUAUCUCAACCGAACCUUACCUUACAGUAAGACCUACUACUGGAUUGGGAUACGGAAGAUAGAAGACAUCUGGACCUGGGUUGGGACCAAUAAACCCCUGACAAAAGAGGCUGAGAACUGGGCUGAAAAAGAGCCUAAUAAUAAAGGAUCCAGCCAAGAUUGUGUAGAGAUAUACAUCAAGAGGGACAAGGAGGCAGGGAAAUGGAAUGAUGAGCGCUGCAAUAAGAAAAAGAAGGCGCUGUGUUACAAAGCCUCUUGCAACACUUUCUCCUGUAGCCAGCAAGGCGAGUGUGUGGAGACCAUAGGGAACUACACCUGUGACUGCUACCCUGGCUUCUACGGGCCUGAAUGUGAAUUUGUUGUAACAUGCCAAGAACUUCACCCUGGACAAACGAACAUGGACUGCAGCCACCCCUUGGGGAAUUUUAGCUAUAACUCCACCUGCAAGUUCCACUGCAAGGAGGGCUUUGAACGACAAGGGAGGGACAUGCUGCAGUGCUUGGCUUCAGGACACUGGUCCGGAGAGACUCCAGAGUGUACAGCUAAACAAUGCCAGGGUAUUAAGCCCCCUGAAAGAGGAGCCAUGAACUGCAUGGACACUCUUGGAGUUGGUGAUUUUGCUUUUAAAUCAAGCUGUAAAUUCACUUGUGAAUCUGGCUUCAAGUUGAGUGGAGAUGAAACACUGCAAUGCACAGCAUCUGGCAAGUGGACAGCAGAAGUGCCAGCCUGCCAAGCUGUGCAGUGCCAGAAUUUGGUGGCUCCUGAAAAUGGUGAUUUGGUCUGCUCUGGACCCUUUGGAGAUUUUCUGUACCAAUCAGUAUGCAACUUUUCCUGCAGCAAAGGUUUUGUCUCAACUGACCCAGAGAUACUGCAUUGCUCAGCUUCUGGAAACUGGAGUUCUCCAUCUCCUGCAUGCCAAGCCAUCCAGUGCUCAGCACUGGAUGCUCCAGACUGGGGCCAAAUAAAUUGCUCUCACCUCCAUGGAAACUUCACAUAUAACUCCACAUGCUCCUUCUCUUGUGAGACUGGCUUUCUGAGGAUGGGACCAGAGACAAUUGAGUGUACAGCCCUGGGAACCUGGACAGGGAGUCCUCCACAUUGUAAAGCUGUCAAGUGCCCGGAAUUGAUUGCCCCAGACUGGAGUCAAAUAAACUGCUCUCACAUCCAUGGAAACUUCAUGUAUAGCUCUAUAUGUGACUUCUCUUGUGAGGCUGGCUUUGUGCAGAUGGGACCAAAGACACUGGAAUGUACAGCCCUGGGGAACUGGACAGGAAGUCCUCCAGUCUGCGAAGCUGUUAGGUGCCCCACACUGGAUGCCCCAGACGGGGGCCGCAUGGUCUGCUCUGAUCUGCAUGGAAACUUCACAUAUAACUCCACAUGCUCCUUCUCCUGUGACACGGGCUUUGUGCGGAUGGGACCAGAGGCAAUUGAUUGUACAGCCCUGGGAACCUGGACAGAGAGUCCUCCAAAUUGUAAAGCUGUCAAGUGCCCAGAAUUGAUUGCCCCAGACUGGAGUCAAAUAAACUGCUCUCACAUCCAUGGAAACUUCAUGUAUAGCUCUAUAUGUGACUUCUCUUGUGAGGCUGGCUUUGAGCAGAUGGGACCAAAGACGUUGGAAUGUACAGCCCUGGGGAACUGGACAGGAAGUCCUCCAGUCUGCGAAGCUGUCAGGUGCCCCACACUGGAUGCCCCAAACAGGGGCCGCAUGGUCUGCUCUGAUCUGCAUGGAAACUUCACAUAUAACUCCACAUGCUCCUUCUCCUGUGACACGGGCUUUGUGCGGAUGGGACCAGAGGCAAUUGAUUGUACAGCCCUGGGAACCUGGACAGAGAGUCCUCCAAAUUGUAAAGCUAUCAAGUGCCCGGCAUUGAAUGCCCCAGACUGGAGUCAAAUAAAUUGCUCUCACGUCUAUGGAAACUUCAUGUAUAGCUCUAUAUGUGACUUCUCUUGUGAGGCUGGCUUUGGGCAGAUGGGACCAAAGACGUUGGAAUGUACAGCCCUGGGGAACUGGACAGGAAGUCCUCCAGUCUGCGAAGCUGUCAGGUGCCCCACACUGGAUGCCCCGGACAGGGGCCACAUGUUCUGCUCUGAUCUGCAUGGAAUCUUCACAUAUAACUCCACAUGCUCCUUCUCCUGUGACACGGGCUUUGUGCGGAUGGGACCAGAAGCAAUUGAUUGUACAGCCCUGGGAACCUGGACAGAGAGUCCUCCACAUUGUAAAGCUAUCAAGUGCCCGGCAUUGAAUGCCCCAGACUGGAGUCAAAUAAAUUGCUCUCACGUCCAUGGAAACUUCAUGUAUAGUUCUGUAUGUGACUUCACUUGUGAGGCUGGCUUUGUGCAGAUGGGACCAAAGACGUUGGAAUGUACAGCCCUGGGGAACUGGACAGGAAGUCCUCCAGUCUGCGAAGCUGUCAGGUGCCCCACAUUGGAUGCCCCAGACAGGGGCCACAUGCUCUGCUCUGAUCUGCAUGGAAACUUCACAUAUAACUCCACAUGCUCCUUCUCCUGUGACAUGGGCUUUGUGCAGAUGGGACCAGAGGCAAUUAAUUGUACAGCCCUGGGAACCUGGACAGAGAGUCCUCCACAUUGUAAAGAUAAGACGGCUUCGCAUAUGAAGCAAAUCCUGCUUUACAUGGGUACUUCCACCAUGGCAGCUGUGGGUCUCUUACUGUCUGGAAUGCUAAUAGUUAUGCUGCUCAAGCGUCUCAGUGAGAAAGAGGAAGAAAAGAAGCUCCUAAAUCCCACAAGUGACCUGGGAGCACCAGGAAUUUUUACAAAUACAGCAUAUGAAUCCAACUUGUAAGAUAAAGUGGGAAAUGUCCACAGAAGAGACAAUUGCUGGAACUGAAAGGACCUGAAGAUACUUGUGUCGCAGCGUUUUAUAAGUUUAUUUUUGCACAUUGCUGUUUCACUCAGCAGCCCUAUAGACCAAGAACUAGCAGUCAGUUCCUAACAGUCAGAGAUUAAUGUGAUCCUGUUGCACACUCAGUCAGUUCAGAUCUGGAAUCUAGCUUGGUCUCCCUCCAGCAUUGGACUUCUGCUCACAGUCCAGAUUUAUCAUUUGAAGAAACCUGAGUUUGGUCCUUCAUUCAUCAGUCUACUGGAUGUCCAGAUGUCAGUCCUGAGCACCUACACCCUUCCCCAUGACAUUCCCUUGGCCCACUGCAACUAUCACAAUGUUUGGUACCCCCAGAAAAUUCAUAGCUUCUAAUGCUCUAAGAAUCUGCUGUUCCUGUUUACUGCCUACUGUAAAUUAGCUACGUUUUAAGGAAAUAACUUUUUCUUCUGCCUCUGUCUACAGAUAUUCACAUUAUUCACAGUAGACUAUUUUUAAAAGGAAAAAAUAGUCAUCCAGGACUUGUUGAUUAGUGGUGGAUGAUUGUGCAUUUAUUCUGUGGGCAGUGACUGAAACCAUCACUUGGGACAGGCUUCUGUGUCUUCAAUUUUUUCCUGUUAACUUUCCCAAUUGUUCAUCAGAAACAUUUUCUGAAGAAUGGAGGAAGUCAGAAGACAGGCAGUUAUUGAUUCUACACCUUCACUUCUCCAUGGAGAAGAAACCUCAGCUGGACACUCCAUAGAUUAUAGUUUCAUUCUGAUCAAAUAUCUGACAGCUUCUCCUUGCCCACAUUUCUCCUCCAAAAUCUCCUGACAGCACUGUCCAGCUUUCCCCACCGCCACAUUUUUUCACUUUUCAGAGUUUACCUGAAACUGAACGUUGAAUAGCAAAUUAGUCAGGCUUUCUGCAUACCCUUGUUGUCCCUGACACUCCCAAACAGGCAAGGCGAAACACUUGUGUUGCAAAUGACAGCCUUUUGCUUCCUCAGUGAUAAGAAAGAAAGACGAAGGGGGAAAUGUAAAUGUGGGCAUGACAGAUUAGUGCCUUAUUGGUUAUCAUUGUUAUUUACUUUCCAUCUUUUAGAAAGUUGGCCCAAUGUAGUAAUAUUCAAUAAUAAACAUGUAAAUAUGAAACCUGGUUUUUGUUCUGGCUUUCUUCAGUUUUGAAUCCUGCAAGGGAAUCAAUGUACAAUCAAGAGCUUUGUUUGAAGAGCAAAUAAA